AUGUUACUGUGGAUUCUCCAAUUUUUAUAUUCUGAUGAUGUAAAAAAUAAUAAUGUUUCAUUAUUUUUUGUGCAUUUGAAGAGAGCAUUAAUAUCAUUUGCACGAGAUCUUCGUUACAUAGCAUCUUUUGAUAAUGUAAAAGUGUCUGUGAUAGUACCUGGAGUAAUAGAAACGAACAUGGCGCGAAAAACUGAUAUACCUUCUAAUAUAUUUUAUGGGGCUGGUGAUUCUAACGGUUUAGCCAAAAUCGUUAGAAAUCAGUUGAAUUCUGACACUUUUUGUAUUGGCUGGCCUUUCCGCCAAUAUUUAUUGAAUUGGCUUGUUUCAAGUUUUCCUGUUAGAACGAAUUUGGCUUAUUCUUGGAUUAUGGGAAAAUCGGUUCAAAGAACCGUUGCAUCAUCGUAA